AUCACAUAUAAAUUCCUUGUAAUUAUGUGCAGUUCUUCUUCUAAGACUGUUUCCUAAAUCCUACUCACUAAAAAUGGACCUUUCAACUAAACAACCCCUAAAAUUCCUCUAAAAACCCUUUCACAUCACAAAUUACCUCCUUACUCUAUGUUUGCUCACAAGUUCUUUUCUUCCACCCCUAUGUUUUUAGGUCAUUUUUCUAAUUUUCCUUCUCUUAAUUUUCUCAUUUUUCUCACCUGAAUUUUUCUAAUUUUUUUUUACUCAUAGGUAGAAGUUUAAAUUUUAAUGGUGGGUCUGAAGAAUUAGAUUCAAAAACAGCAAAUUUAUACAAUUCCUCUGUUUUCUUGCCGUCUCCCCUGUUUUUUGGGUUUAAUUUUGAAUUGAAACAGAGUUUUGUUAAUUGAAUUUAGAAUGAUGAGUGUUCAAAAGUUGCUUUUACAUGAAACCCAUUUUGUUUUUCUAUUUAGAAAAAUGUGUUUGUUAUUCAGGGUUUUGUGGGCGUGUUUCUUCACUAUGUUUGGUUUCACAAGACAAUAUCUUUUCAGAUUCAUAACCCAGAAAAAGAAUUCCAAUUUCAAGCUGAUUCAACCACAAGAAGAUUACCAGAAUAAUGGAAAUAUGAUUGAACUGGAGGAUAAAAAUGAUGAAAAUGAAGUUGAGGAGGAGGAGGAGGAGGAGGAAUCAGACCCAAUUCUCAGGUUUCGCUUUCCGACUUUUGAGGAAUUUCUUCAAAAUAAUGAUAAUAAUAAUGAUGUUCAAUCUACUAGUCAUUCAAUAUCAUGUGAAAAUUCAGAUGAUAAAGAUGUUCAUAUUGAGACUGAGGAUGAUUGUUUGGGUUCCGAAAUCGAUACCAUCGCGAAAUCUUCUCAAGAAUUUUUACUUGUUGAAGAGAUUUCUAAGCGUGAAUUUAGUUCAGAAAGUAAUCUUUUUGAAAAUGCGAACAGUGGGAAUAUCUUUGAUGAGUUUCUUCGUAGUAAAACUGUUAAUAUAAAGGAGAAUUCGGAUGAAAUGAAAGUUGAAAAUGUGGUAGAAUUGAGUGAACAGGUGAACGAUUCGACGAUUAAUGAAGAUAGGGUGAAUAAUGGUAAUGAGUUUCCUAGUAAUGAUGAGUUCUUGUUGAAUGGUUCGACGAAUAAUGAAGGUGUCAUGAGAAAUGGCAGUGAUCUUCCUAGUGAGGACGAGUCUCUAGUGUCGGAUACAGAAUCAGAUACAAUGGCUCCGAGCAGUGAGUCCAGCUUUAGGAGUUCGUUUAUCGAUUCACUUAGUGAUGGGUUCUUGUCUGAUAUUGAUUUUGAGAGGGCGUUUGAGGUUGAUACUUCGACGGAAUUUGGUUGGAAUGAGGUCAAUUUAACAAAGGAGGCCUUAGAAAAACAAGAUUUUGAAUUGCAGAAUUUGAACAAAGGAUAUGAAGCUGAUGAUUUUGAAGAUGAGGAUGAGGAUGAGGAUAUAUUAGAAGAGCUCAAGAAAUUGGAAUCCAAUUUAGAAGGUGAAAAUCGUGAUACCGACAAAGAACAUAAAGCAAACAUGGAAACUAAAGUUGAAAACGAACAAAAUGAAGAAAAACAAAGUUCAGGAGAGCAGUUAUCUUCAGAUUCUGAUGAGCAAAAUGGGCUUGAAACACAGUGGGAGCAUCAGGAUUUAGUUGAACAGUUAAAAAUGGAGAUUAAGAAGGUCCGAGCUAUAGGGCUUCCAACUAUCUUAGAGGAAUCUGAGUCUCCAAAAAUUAUGGAUGAUUUGAAGCCUUGGAAGAUUCAGGAGAAGUAUAAACUAGGAGGUACAUUUGAUGAACUGCACAUGUUCUACAAGAGCUACAAAGAGAGAAUGAGGAAAUUGGAUAUCCUCAACUACCAAAAGAUGUAUGCAAUUGGUUUUCUUCGGCUGAAAGACCCACUUAAAUCAUUUUCGAAGAACAAAAUAUCAACUCCGGCAUUGGCAACAAUUGUUUCCCUUGAUUGCUGGCCUUGUAAGCCAAAAUCAACAAUAGAAAUCAACCAGCCAAUAAUGAAGAAAUUCAGCAGGGAAUUGGAGAGCGACCUGGAGAUGGUGUAUGUAGGUCAGAUGUGUCUUUCAUGGGAAUUCCUUCGGUGGCAAUAUGGUAAAGCCUUGGACUUGUGGGAAACUGAUCCACAUGGAAAGCACCGAUACAAUGAAGUUGCAGAUAAAUUUCAGACUUUUCAAGUUCUACUCACCAGGUUCUUAGAAGAUGAGCGUUUUCAAGGUCCAAGGGUGCAAAAUUAUGUCAAGAAUCGAUGUGUUCAACGGAAUCUUCUCCAAGUUCCUCUCAUUCGAGAUGAUAAUACGAGGGAUAGAAAGAAAGAAAGAAAAAUGGUAAGCAGUAAAGAUGCCAUGACGAGUUUACAGCUUGUGGAGACCAUUGAAGAAUCAAUUCGUAUAUUGUGGCGCUUCAUCAAAGCAGACAAAGAUACAAGAUAUGUAACUCUGUUGAAAUGUGGAAGGAGCUCUACUUCUGAACUCCAAAACCCAGCAGAUGCCAGUCUCUUAGGAGAUAUUCAAUCCAGUCUUCAAAAGAAAGAAAAGAAGCUCAAAGACCUUUACAGGAGCGGGAAGUGCGUACUGAAAAAAUUCCAAAAGCAUCAACAAGAAGAAGGUUCAGAUAAUGUUUUAUUUUUCUUUUCACAGGUGGAUUUGAGACUCGUUUCAAGAGUAUUGUGCAUGCCAAGAAUAACUACGGAGCAAUUAGUUUGGUGCAAUGAUAAACUCAACAACAUUCACUUAGCCGGCAGAAAACUGCACGUAGAGUCCUCACUAGUUAUGCUAUUUCCUUGUUCAUAGUAGUAAAUCCAGUGAUACAUAGAAUAUUGUUGGUUUAGCCAUAUAGAGAUUCUUGUAUAGUUAGAAUGUGAAUAAAAAAGGAGUUUUUUUUUUUGACCUUUGAAAUACAAAUGUGAACAAAAAGAUGUACAGUAAUUUGAAUCUUUUUGGGCGCAUAGGAAAGUUUGUGAGUGAUAGUUAAACUAAUCUACAUAUUCUAAAUAAUAAUGCUCACUUUGAUCCUUUAAA